CGGUCGUUCGUUCGCUGGCGGAGGAACGAGCAGGGCUGGGACCUCUGAGAGUGGACGUGACGGACUUGCCGCUGUGACCCGAGGACUCCGGCUGCGAGGCCUGUGAUGCCAGCCCCAGCACAGCAGCUCUUUGCCCACGGGUCCCCGGGCUGGAGCUGGGAGCUCCCGUUACCUCUUGGGCCUUCCUGGGGAGGGCCUGGGGGGACAGAGGGGACUGCGUGGCUGCCACUCUCUGCAAGUCUGCCUCCCCCCACAGUGUGGGGGGGUGUGGGACCGGGAGGAGGGUGGGAGCUGCCUAGGCCAGCCCCUCGGAGGGCGGACCUUUGUCAGUGCCAGGUGUGGGAUCCAGGGGUGGGCAAGGAAUGCCCUGACUCGGGACGCGUCCAGCUCCGAGGCCAGCUGUGUCGUGGACAGCGGGAUGCAGGGCCUUGGCGGCCAGGGGAGCGUUGUCAGUGUCCCAGGAGGUCACUGUUGGGUCCCAGAGGAAGAUGGCCACCCAGAGAGCCUCAUCCUGGCCGGGCGGGUGAUAAGGCAGCCCCCAAGGCUGGGGCCCAGGCCCCCCGGGACCACCCGUGCCUCCCCUUGGCUGGGCCUCUUGGAGGUGCCCACGUGAGUGGGGCCUGCUCGCCCAGCUGCUUCUCUAGCUGGUUCCCCAGCAGCGGCGGUGGAACCCCCCAAAGCCUCAGGCGGAGGCUGUAAAGGGGAGAAGCCUGGGAGGACCACCAGCCUCACCCUGAAGGGCUCCCCCUCCUCCCCAGUCAUGGGAAUGGGUCCCUGUCACCUCCCCCCGCGCUGGGGACCCCUCUCCAGGGCUGGCCUGGCCUCUCUGGGGAGGCCGUGUCCAACCGGCCCUCUUUCUGGCCCUGGGCGGCUCUGCGCCUGCUGGGCUGAUACCCUGCCCCCCAGCCAGGGGCUGCCGUUCCCUUUUCAUCUGUUAACUGCACGUGUGUCACCGACUCCAGAAGGACAUAGAGAGCAUACCUCUCCGUUUUAAAGAAUAAAGUGAUUUUUUGUUUCUUUUUGCCUUUUCUAGGGCCACUCCCGCGGCAUAUGGAGGUUCCCAAGCCAGGGGUCUCCUUGGAGCCGUAGCCAUGGGUCUACGCCAGAGCCCCAGCAACACCAGAUCCGAGCCGUGUCUGCAACCUACACCACAGCUCACGGCCACGCCGGAUCCUCAACCCACUGAGCGAGGCCCGGGAUUGAACCCGCAACCUCAUGGUUCCUAGUCGGAUUCGUUAACCACUGCGCCAUGAAGGGAACUCCAUCAUUUCUUUAUUACUGUUUUAAAUCAAGCUCUAAUGUGUGUGCGGUGUGUUUACGUUCACUGUCCUGCAGAAUCCCCGGGCGGCGUCCACACUGUCCACGGGGCAGCACUGGUAUGUGGUGGAGGGCAGGGACUAGAGCCGUUUGGCUGGGUUCAGGCUUGUCUCCUCCCGCCAGGAGCUGUGUGGCCUGGGCCCACUAGAACCUCAACUGAGGAUUCAGUGUGCUAAUAUGUGGAUGCACUCACUGUGGGGCUGCUCAGGGCUGGUGUGCACGAGAGUCUGCGGCUGCUGCUUUCAGUGAAUCUUCAGUUCCCCAGCCCAGAUUGUGCAGUGCUCGGCCUGCGCAGCCGUGCUGACAGCCCUGCUUCCCUCCUGUGUGUCACUGUGCAGCUUCGCAGGUUUGUCUUAUGGAUGCAUGAGCCAGUGGGUAUGACGUGACAAGUGGAGGCCCAUGGAUGUCGUGGGGGUGUUUGGGUGCAGUCAGAAGGGAGCAGGGGAUCCGAGGGACAUUGCUCUGCACCAGGUGAGCGGGCGCUUCCUCUGUGCUGGCAGCCAGCAGCAGCUGAGGCCUGGAUGGGAGGCCUGCCCACUCCGGGAGCUUAGCCUUGUCUUUUUUUUUUUUGCUUUUUUAGGGCCUUACCCGCAGCAUAUGGAGGUUCCCAGGCUAGGGGUCGAAUCGGAGCUACUGCUGCCGGCCUACACCACAGCCACAGCAACGAGCUGUCUGUGACCUACACUACGGCUCAUGGCCACAACACCGGAUCCUUAACCCACGGAGCGAGGCCAGGGAUCAAUCCCACAACCUCCUGGUUCCUAGUCGGAUUCGUUUCCGCUGCGCCAUGAUGGGAACUCCAGCUUGGCCUUGUCUUAACAGCCCCUCACCCGUUCUCCUCCUCUUCUGUAGGUCAAGGCCUUUGCACUCACUGCCCAGAACGUCAAGGGAGGAAAGUAAGGCUCAGAGAGGGUUUGUGGUUUAUCCACGGUCACACAGCAGUGCAGCCCCUGAUGCCAAAGCCUGCCCUUCCCCAGGGUGGCCUGGGGACACUGUCGUGGCUGCUGCUGAGGUCUGAGGAGCCAGCAUCCCAGAGGUUCCAACAAGCCGUUUUUCGCUUCUCUUUGGGACCCUCUACGAAGAGACCAGUGUCCGCUCGCAAAUCUGGAGGCUGGAGCCCCUGGAAUGCAGAGAGAGCGUCGCCUGCCAUCCUGCCAGGGGUCCCCCCAGACCCUAGGUGUCUCUGCCUCCUGGGGUUGCCGAAGGGGUCAGAGGAGAUGUGAUUCCACUCAGACGGGCCCAGAUAGCGCCAGCCCUUGAUCUUUCUGCCUUGUCCCUUAGGGAUGAGUUCGUGGGGGCGGCUUCCGGCCGGCGCGGCCUUCGUGCGGGCAGUGCUCACAGGCCACACAGCCCCGAGGGGCAGCCUUCCUGCGCCUGCCCCUCUGCCUGGACCACUGUGGCUGCAGAGCUUUGCAGGCCGCGGCCCCUGGCAGCUCAGAUCUCACCUCCGAGAGGCCCCCGGGCCCUGCUCCCCUUUCCUCAGAGCACUUGGCGGGCGGAGACCCGCGCAGACGUGCACUCCUGGGCUUUGUCAGUCUGCGGGGCCUGUGGUCUGACUCGCCGCAGCCCUGGCACGUCGCGCCUUGCGGUGGUUGGUUCUGGCCUCUCCUCACCAGGCGCCGGUAGCGGCCCACGUUGGGACCAGCCGUGUCUUCAGGCUUUGCUGCAGGGCCUUGGUUGGAGGUGAUGGGGCCGGGGCCCUGUCUGCUCCUUGCUGAGGGGCGAUGCUGAGAACUGGGCAGGCGGGACCCCCCCACGUGCUCUGCAGACAAGAAGGGCCCCAGGAGUGGAGGGAUGGGUGCCGAGGGCCUUGGUGGCCGGGCCCUGGCCCGGUGGCCACCAUGCUGCUGGGAGGACCGGUCCGGCCUGUCGCUCCCCUGUGGGCUGGGUACUGAGGGCGCCUGUGGCAGGUGCCAGGCCUGGCGCUCGGAGGCUCUCAGGAAGUGGGCAGCCCUUCCCCUCCUUGGGGCCCGGGGAGGCUUGGUGGGCCUCUGGGAGGGGGACCCCCAAGGGGACGUCUCAGACAUGUGCGGCCCGAGUGCCUGUCCCUGCUGCUCCUGCCUCACAACUCGGAGGCUCAGGGGUCUCUCGGUGUCCUCAGCUGGGGGCCCACAGGCCAGUCACGGUGAGAUAAAGACACGGAGCAUCGGGUGUGGGCCUUGGUGCGGCAGAGCCAUGCAGGUGGGCCUCCUGCCCCCCUGGGGCCUGCCCGUCCCCUUCUCGGGACUCAGUUGGCCCACCUGUGCAGUGGGAGGGGUUGGCCUCGUCCAUCUCCCACAGGAUAGAGCUGACCUGCGGCGGGCAAGGCCGGCAGGGGGCGUGGGCGUCCUCAGGCAUCUGCCCUCCGCGACGGACACGGGCCCAGGUGGUCCAGGAUGUCUUCAGGAGAAACGGAAAUGACCAGAAGCCCCCAGAAUAGCCCAGAGGAGGAGUGGGAAUAGUGAAUUGGGAGAAGGAAAAUCCAGGAGGAAGAAGGACUUACGGAUCUCUUGCAUGUCCAAGCCGCCGGCACCCAGCCCCACGCCCCCCCGGAACCUGGACUCCCGGACCUUCAUCACCAUCGGAGACAGGAACUUUGAGGUUGAGGCCGACGACCUGGUGACCAUCUCGGAGCUGGGCCGGGGAGCCUACGGGGUGGUGGAGAAGGUGCGCCACGCCCAGAGCGGCACCAUCAUGGCCGUGAAGCGCAUCCGGGCCACCGUGAACUCGCAGGAGCAGAAGCGCCUGCUCAUGGACUUGGACGUCAACAUGCGCACAGUGGACUGUUUUUACACCGUCACCUUCUACGGGGCCCUGUUCAGAGAGGGAGAUGUGUGGAUCUGCAUGGAGCUCAUGGACACGUCCCUGGACAAGUUUUACCGGAAGGUGCUGGAGAAAAACAUGACGAUUCCAGAGGACAUUCUGGGGGAAAUUGCUGUGUCUAUCGUGAGGGCCCUGGAGCACCUGCACAGCAAGCUGUCCGUGAUCCACCGAGAUGUGAAGCCAUCCAACGUCCUCAUCAACAAGGAGGGCCACGUGAAGAUGUGUGACUUCGGGAUCAGCGGCUACUUGGUGGACUCCGUGGCCAAGACCAUGGACGCCGGCUGCAAGCCCUACAUGGCGCCCGAGAGGAUCAAUCCAGAGCUGAACCAGAAAGGCUACAAUGUCAAGUCUGAUGUCUGGAGUCUGGGCAUCACCAUGAUCGAGAUGGCCAUCCUGCGGUUUCCUUAUGAGUCGUGGGGCACCCCGUUCCAGCAGCUGAAGCAGGUGGUGGAGGAGCCGUCCCCUCAGCUCCCAGCUGACCGCUUCUCCCCCGAGUUUGUGGACUUCACCGCACAGUGCCUGAGAAAGAACCCCGCAGAACGCAUGAGCUACCUGGAGCUGAUGGAACACCCUUUCUUCGCCUCGCACAAAACCAGGGAGACCGACAUCGCUGCCUUUGUGAGGGAGAUCCUGGGAGAGGACUCGUAGGGGCAGGGCCUUGGGCACCCCCGCCCCCGGCCCCGCAGCGCCCCCCAGCCUUCUGCUGGGGCAGUGCUUGCCCACACCCGUAAGCUACUGCCACCCUGGCCUUGGGCGCCCGAGAGGAGUCGAGGGGGCUGCUCCUGCCCGACAUGCAGCAGGCCGCCGUCGGUCCCAAGUGCCAAAGAACCAGACCUCGGGGCCCCCCAGUGCCUCUGCCCCUGCUGCUCCCAGGACCCCGAGACCCUGGACUUGGAGGGGCUGACGCCCUCACGGAGAAGGCAGCGGGGCCUUGUGCAGGCUGCUGCCUGGGCCCAGCCCUGGACUCCAUCCAAGUUGUAUAUUUUUUUAACUCUCGACUGAAUGGACUUUGCACACCUGGCCCAGGUGGGCCACACCUCUGUUCCAGCAUCGGUGGGGGGACGUCGUAGGGGGAUGAGCCACGUGAAUCCCCUGGAGUCCCCCGACAAGGCAGACGCCAAGCCGCCGAGGCCUUCACCCCAGCCCUGGCAGACAGGCCCUCGAAGGCCACCGGGGCCUCCUAGCCCCGCCUGCUGCCUCUAGGGUGUUGUUUCACUUUUAUUUUUUUAAUUUAUCCUGUUGAUUUUUUUUUUUUUUUUCUUUUGCUUUGUGGGUUUGGCUGGUUUUUCUUGCAUGGUUUGGAGCCGAUCACUUUUCUGUCACCUGCUAGGGGACCAGCAGGCUAAGACCCGCCCUCUCGCUCAGGCUGGGGUCUAAGGUGAUGGGCCCAAGGUCUCUGCUCAGAGAGGUGCUAGGGGAGCCACCCAGCUCACUCUCCUUGGGGACCGGCUCGGUAGGGGCUGUGGACUUGCUUUUGGUAUUGUUUAAAAAAAAAGAAAAUAUAUUUUUUUGAAGAAAGGACUGCUGGUCCUGGGUCCUGUCCCUGAUGGGUUAGGGCAGUUACCUGAUUGCUGUUUUAAUUUAAAAAAAAAAAAAAAAAAAAAA